AUGACUGUUGAAACAAUAAACGCCUCGCAACAAGCCUUCUUGACUCUGACUCCUGUCAAAAGUCAACUUGGAGAGAAGAAUUCCCGGCACGCAUUGAACUCCCUGCGACCUCACACGCACAUUUCGUCAGACUUUGACCAACUCAAAUUCAACGCUGCAGCCUCGUUGCAACUCGAAAGAAUCCAAGAGAGCUCCCAACCAUCGCCUGUUCAUGUGGCUGACACUCGGCUCAUUGCUUCUCCCUACAAUGGCGUCCACCACCUCCUCGAUCUGGACACGCUAGACACGCAAAGCCGUCUCCUGGCGCUGGCGCUGUCGUACUUGAAACCUGUGCGCGAUGAUUACGCAACGGUGGAGUAUCUGGAUUCAUUUAAUUGGAAGGAAGUCUUCCAUCGGUUGAGCGAUCUUGCCGAGAGAGAAGACCACACGUGGAGAAAGCAAUCCUUCUAUGUGGUCUCGUUUCGCUCAAAACUGCAGCCGAACAUUGACAAUGAGUAUCUUCAUGCGCUGGACGCAUAUUCGCAUCAAGAAGCGGUGGCUAGUGGAGGGUUGUUGAAGUACUGGUUCGGUUCGAAAAAUCAAGAGCGGCAAAACCUGGCAACUUGUAUAUGGCGUAAUCGGGACGAUGCUCGUCUGGGAGGCCGUGGCCCUUGGCAUGCAAAAGCGAGAGCAGCGGCGAGGAGUAUGUACGAGUCUAUCGUCUUUUCGACCAUGGAACUCGUCAUUGAAGACCACGUUGGCUCAUGGGAGAUCAGAGACUGGAGAGACGUCCAAGCAUGA